AAUUAGCAGCGACGUAAGUGCAGGUGUCCAAAAUAAGUGGAGCCACACAAUUGUCCGAACCACCCCAGCAGUGUCCAUAACAAAGUCCCACGUAUUUGGAAUCCAGAUAAGGGCAGUUCCGUAAUUCCACAUAAAACGUUUAUACAAAAGGAAGCGGGUGUCCAAAAUAGACGGAGCCACGCAAUUGUCCGAACCACCCCAGCAAUGCCCAUGACAACGUCUCCCAUGUACUUCCAAUCCAGCGAAGGGUAAUUCCGUUUGACUCAAGUUUCGCUGCUGGUCAAGACAGUGAUGUUACCAUUGACUUUUCUGCACACAGGUGAACAGUAAAUAAAUUUUCUAGGAGAAAGAUGAAGAAUUGUGGCACCGAGCGAAGAGAAUUACUAAAUUCCCCCCACACACACACGACACAACCGCCAUUGUCCAACGAGAUUCACGUGAUGGAAGAAAUAAAUGCCGUGCUUGCUCUCCAAGCAAACGGGGUAAAAUCAUUUGAUCUUUCCGCGAAACAGGAGAUCAAAACCCUUUCCAGUAACUUCUGCUCCUCUACCAUUAUAUGUCCCUACUGCUUGUCCCUGAAGACUCAAAAGCCACACAAAAUCAACUAAGCAACCGUUUUAUUACCAAAAAAAAAUCCCAAAUUGACGAUCUCUAAAACCCUCUCGAACCGGAGAAGAUGAACCGGAUCGCGGUGAGGUCGGUUGUCGGCGGCCUGCUCGGCGGCCGGAACUGCAACCGCUACAUUUCCACUGCGGUGGCCGUCAGGCCGUUGGACGGAGCCCUGUUUCUGAAUCGCCGGAACGGUGACGUUUUGGGCGGGUUUUACUGGAGGAGGAUGAUGAGCACGGUGCCGCAGUCUGCUGAAACGGCGUCACUGGGGGAGAAGGAGCAGAAGGAGAGCCAGAGCUCGGUUUCCGACGACGCCAAGAAAGGAAGUGAUAGCGUUGUCGUUUCGAAUUACUGGGGGAUUCAAAGGCCGAAGAUCACAAGGGAGGACGGGAGCGAGUGGCCUUGGAAUUGCUUCAUGCCAUGGGAGACUUAUAAGUCAGACUUGUCGAUUGAUCUGAGCAAGCAUCAUGUGCCGAAGACGUUUCUGGACAGAGUUGCGUAUAGGACCGUCAAGCUUCUUCGGAUUCCAACUGAUAUUUUCUUUCAGAGGCGGUAUGGGUGCCGUGCAAUGAUGCUGGAAACUGUGGCAGCUGUACCUGGUAUGGUGGGAGGAAUGCUACUGCACUUAAGGUCUCUCCGCAAGUUCCAGCAGAGUGGUGGUUGGAUCAAGGCUUUACUUGAAGAGGCAGAGAAUGAGAGGAUGCACCUCAUGACGAUGGUGGAACUUGUGAAGCCUGUGUGGUACGAGAGACUACUGGUUCUCGCUGUGCAGGGAGUGUUCUUCAAUGCCUUCUUUGUUCUUUAUGUGCUUUCCCCAAAACUGGCACAUAGGGUUGUUGGGUAUCUGGAGGAGGAGGCUAUACACUCUUAUACAGAGUAUUUGAAGGAUAUCGAUAGUGGCAAGAUUGAAAAUGUACCGGCUCCUGCAAUUGCAAUUGACUACUGGAGGCUUCCUAAAGAUUCUACACUGAAGGAUGUUAUUACUGUGAUUCGUGCCGAUGAAGCUCAUCAUCGAGAUGUCAACCAUUUUGCAUCUGAUAUUCAUUUUCAGGGCAAGGAAUUGAGAGAGGCACCUGCUCCCCUUGGUUACCACUAGAAGGCAUCUUGUAAGCCAAUUGUUGGAAGUGUUGUAUGUCUAUCUGAUAUGAUCUGUUUUGUAAAUGAUGGAUGAAGGCUAUGGUCUAUGCGGACAUAGAUGGUUUUACAAUUAUAUAUGACUCAUGAGAGGGUAAAACAGUACGUAAUCCCUCGCAGUUUCAGGUUGACUUUUGAUUGAAUUUGAUUGGCGAUAUAUUCAGUAUUGAGAAGGUUGUCUGGUUUUGUAUGGGUAUUUCCGAUAGCCU